UUUUUUUUUUUUUGAACAUAAUGAGUACUAUACCAACUGUAGAAACAUCAGGUAGAAAAGGUGAUCUACCUACUAUGCAACAACCAACAUCCACUCCUCAAUUUGAUCAGGAAAUUCAUAACUCUGGACGUGAACAAGGCGAAGCAUCAUCAACACAAGUAAAUCGAGUUAUUUGUAUUUGUCUUGAUGAAGCUUCUGGAAGGGAUGCAUUUUAUUGGGCUUUACAACAUUUUAUUCAACCAGAACAUGAUUUGGUUAUGCUACUUAAUGUUCGACAAAUUGAUCUACCAGUAGCUCCUUACAUCAAUGCAUCUGGUUAUUUGGAUGAAAUUGGAGAAGAAAGAAGAGAAGCAAGUCAUCAUAUAUUACGACAUUAUGCAGCAAAACUAGCGAAAAGAAAAAUUGCUUGUAAAGCCAUUUCUAUGGUAGGGGAUCCAAAAACGGAAAUUGUACGUAAAGCUACUGAAGUCAAGGCAGAUGCCGUCAUCGUGGGAUCAAGAAAUUAUGGCAUUAUUAAAAGAGCUCUUCUUGGUAGUGUCAGUGAUCAUAUUGCCCAUCAUUGUUUAUGUACGGUGAUUAUUGCUAAACCCGAACAACCCGUCGAAAGAUCCGCUACAAGUCCUUGAAAAUUAUAUGUUUAUUAUUGAAAAAUGUCAAAUGUGAAAUAAAGAUGGUUAGUUUAUAAAAAAA